AUGUUCUUUUCAGACAAUCGACUCUGUCGGAAUUGCACCAAGUUAGAUCUGGAGGCCAUCUUCAACCCGGCUCGAUUUCACAAUCUUCCAGCCAUUGGCACCAUCCAGAGCUACCAGACUAGCUGGACCAAAUACAUUCAACAUAUUGGUGACUGGAGGCCGCUCACUCGAGAGGAGCGCAUUAGUCAUUAUCCCCCGGGCAUGAUCCCAAGCUGCCCUUUCUGUGACUUGGUCUUCUCCAUCGGCUUCAAUCUCGUCCGCUACCCGAAAACCGAGAAGGAGAAGGUCAUAUUGGCGAUCCCCGCUCAUCUGCUCUACAAUUUUGCUGUUUUGGGCAAUCAGACCAGUCGCGAGGGGUUGUCAACCUCAACCUCGGUGUUCCUUCUCGUCAUGAAUCCCUCUGACUACAACAGAGCUUCCGCUCAGUACUAUGGCAACACGGCGACCGGCGGAGGUCUGACUGCGUGGAUCCGCUUCGCCCAUCGAGAGGCGCCAGGGAGUUUGGUCUCCAUUGCGUCCACUGCCGUCUUGGAGCCCCCUCAUUCUCUUCUGGACUGCCCGAUGCAGGGCAGGGUCUUGCGCGAGGAGGGAAUCGACUACGGCCUCGUCCGAUCGUGGAUACACCUGUGCGAGCAUCAUCACGAUACAUGUCGCACCAGCCCCGAUUGGCAGACUCUCCCGCACUUCAAGCUCAUAGACUGCGAGUCCCGUCGCAUCAUUAACGCAGAUCCAGGCAAGAGGUAUCGUUACGUAGCGCUAAGCUACGUCUGGGGAGUUGCGCCUCCCGAUCAGUACACAUACCCCUGCCUGCCAGACAAUCUCCCGCCAGUCAUCCAGGACGCAAUGGGGGCCACCACGAAGCUUGGCUUCCGCUACCUCUGGAUUGAUCGAUAUUGCAUAUGGCAAGAUGACGCAACCCACAAGAUGAGCCAGGUGGAGAGAAUGGACCAAAUCUACGGCGACGCGGAACUCACCAUCAUCGCCAUUGGGGCCAAAGACCCAAGCUACGGGUUACCGGGCCUCUCUCUCGGCCGAACGCAACACGCUCCGACCACCAAGACAAUCGGCCGGCAGAAGAUUGUCACAAAGUUUAGCCACCAGUGGCAACUGGAUCAGAUCUCGAGAUCCAAGUGGGCCACGCGGGGGUGGACAUUCCAAGAAACCUGUCUCUCUAGAAGAAGACUGUACUUCUCCAACUACGAGGUCUCCUUCGAAUGCCACGACAUGAUGUGCUUUGAACACCUCACCCGUCCCCUCGCUGUGCAGGGGAACUUGGAGCACCACGAGAGGCCCGAGUGGACUCUCCUCAACACCCCGGACGGCGUCUGGGCUAUACUCCAGAAGUAUUGCGACCGCCAGCUGACCUACUCGAGCGAUAGGCUCGCCGCCGUAUCCGGAGUCUUGAAGAAGUGGUCGCGAGUCAAUACAGGGUGCUUUUCAUACUGGGGCAUUCCGGUAGUCGCCUCAGGCUGGCCGGUUGCAGACGCCACUGCUUCGAAACGCGCCUUUCUCGCCGGACUGGAAUGGGAGGUCCGACCCGAAGGGACAAACUUUGCUAGGCUGACAGGUUUCCCAAGCUGGUCAUGGGUAUCACAGAAUGGGCGGACAUUAUUUGGUCACCAAGGCUACUUCCAUCUACGACCCCCCAACUUGGUGGAGGUAACAAAAAGCUUUGACGCGGAGGUUUGGGUGGAAACUCCUCGUGGGCAAGUGGUGGAAUGGACCGAGUUUCAUGAGGCUGGCGGCCUCGAUUUAUUAACCUCUCAAUGUACGAGGUAUCUUCACAUUGAAUGCUGGUCUUUCCAGACCGGAUCUCUCUGCUAUCGACGGAUCAAGCGGUCCUCGGGCGCCGCCCACGACGACCUGUUUUAUAUUCCGACAACACUUCGACCCGCGGAUGGAAAAGGAGAGCUCGUUUUGAAAUUCACUCCGGACUUUGGAUAUGAGGAUACUUUUGCUGGUCGAGAAUUCACGGCGAUGUGCUUCUCGCCUCUGGAAGACACGACUUCUGCUGUCGUCAUCAACUCCAUUCCGGGUUUGAAUGUGAGGGUGGGGUUAUUGGCAUUUACCAGGGUCGAAGACUUGGGCUCACAUGAAUCGCAAAUUCCUGAGAACCUUCCCUUUUCUGGCCUUCCUUUUGCUAAGCAGAGGCGUCGUUUCCGGCUGGGAUAA